GCCCAAGCCGGCCCGAGUCCAACAUGGUCAUGGAGGAGGAGGCGACACUGCUCCCGAGCAGCUCGGCGUGCGAGGAGAUCGGAGGGGACGAGAGCUUGGCGGUGGGCGACGAGGUGAAGAGGCAGCUGUGGCUGGCCGGGCCGCUCAUCGUGCGAGGCCUGAUGCAGAACCUGAUCCAGAUGAUCUCCGUCAUGUUCGUAGGCCACCUCGGCGAGCUGCCCCUCGCCGGCGCCUCCAUGGCCAGCUCCUUCGCCGCUGUCACCGGAUUCAGCGUGCUGGAGCCAAUCAGAACGUCCGUCAUCCUGCUCGACCCGGAGGUGGCCACUGGCAAGGUCGCGUCCACUCUCCGCCCAGGUCGGCGCGUCAAGGCGAACAAGGUGGAGAAAGCGGUGGCGGCCGGAUGA